AUGGCCUCGGCUCAGUCGACGUUACCGCCAGGAGUAACCAGGUACCCCACGAUCAGUAAUAUACGUAAUGGAGCCGCCUCCGCGUUGGACCCAGAAAAAGGUCUGGAAAGCAAGGCCAGCGAACCGCUCAGAAAUGUCCCUCUUGGAUACUCCUAUAUUGCAGCCUACGCCGAUGGGCACGAGGUUGCUCCCGUUUUCAGAAGAUUCGGCGCCCUGAAAGCAAGAGUACUAUAUACGCAGCAAGCAGAGCUAGAAGAGAAGGAGGAAACUCUCGCAAGAAUUGAUCUUCAGGAAUCUCUCAAUGCGAACCCUGUUUGGGAUACGGAUAACAUGAGAUGGCUGGAGGACAGGAACAAAAAAAGAACAGACCUAAUCGCAGACAUCGCGAAGAGACUCCGGCGAUAUGAAAAGGAUUUGAUACUCUACCGGCAGAUACGACAGUUCCCGAAUGCUAAAAAAUGGCAGAAGGAAAAUUUUCGAGCGAUGCUGAGAAAUAAGGAGCCCAUUUGCGAAGAGGAGUCUGGGUUCAUAGAAAAGGGGGACCUCGUGUCUAUUAUGAAAGAGGUCGACGAUGUUUCUGAAUUAUCAGAGUGGAUAUCUGAUAUACGCCGAAGCACCUUCAAUAACUUCGGGUUAAAAGAGCUGUUGUUCCGAAAAAAAGAAAAGGCUGUUUACGAAGGCUCUGAUGAGAUUAUACUUUACUCUAGCAAGUUGAUGAGAAUUGUCGGCAGAACCUUUUUCGGAGCACUUGUGGGGGUAGUAGUGACUUCCGGGGUGGUAUUAUUGUACUACGUGAAAGUGGAUGAAUGGAGACUACUAGUCCUUGGUAUGUCUACUCUAGUCUGCGCAAUCUUGACCGCCGUUUUUACAACAGCGAAAAAGGGUGAGGUCUUUGCAGUAGCCGCUGCAUAUUGUGCGGUGCUGGUCGUCUUCGUAGGCACAGUGCUAGAAAGGAAUAGCGAAGUUACUUUGCGGCUUGGGGAUACCUGGAUCAACGGGACGGUUACUGGGUAA